AUGAAGGAUGGUGAAUCUGUUUCUAGCUAUUUUGCAAGAACAAUAGAGAUAAGCAAUAGGAUGCGAUUCCAUGGCAAGAAGAUGAAAGAUGUCACCAUUGUAGAAAAGAUUUUGCGAUCCUUAACACCAACGUUUGAUUAUGUUGUCUGUGCAAUUGAAGAGUCCAAAGAUAUAGAUGCAUUCUCCCUUGAUGAAUUGCAAAGUUCUUUGUUAGUACAUGAGCAGAAGAUGAACCGAAGUUCAAAUUUGACAAGAAAAGAGCAAGCUUUGAAGGCUUCUACCAACACUCAUUCCAUAGGUAGAGGAAUGGGUAAAGGUAGAGGCAGAGGAAGGGGUCAAGGCCGAGGCAGAAGCAACUAUAGAGGAAAUCAGCAGCAACAACAAGAAAAAGAAAGAGGAAGUUGGAGCCAUCAGACAACUAACUACAAGUUAGCAAACAAGUCUAACAUUGAAUGUUUUAAAUGUCAUCGGUUGGGCCAUUACAAAUCAGAGUGCAGGACCAAUUUGUCCAAGGAGCAAGGGGAAAAAUCUAACUUUGUUGAAAUAGAAGAAGAAGAAGAAGUGUGCCUCUUAACCUCUUGUCAAGAAGAAAAGGAAUCAAGUAAAAGUUUGUGA